AUGGCCACCACCACACUGCCCUCAUCCUGGUUCCGGGAGCCCGAGUUCUACGACUUGGAGCGCCGAGCCAUCUUCUCCAAGACGUGGCUGAUUGUGUCGCACAAGUCGCAGUUCGCCACCCCUGGACAGUACGCGCGCUACGAAGUCGCAGGGUAUCCCUUCUUCGUCGUGAGCGAUCGGGACGGCAAUAUCAAUGCCUUUCUCAAUGUCUGUCGCCACAGGGCGUUCCCGAUUGUCCACAAUGAGACCGGCAAGGCGAGCAUUCUGUCGUGCAAAUACCACGGUUGGAGUUAUGGGCUCAAGGGAAACCUCGCCAAGGCCCCCCGGUUUGACACUGUCCCAGCGAGCCAGUUUAACAAGGACCAGUACUCCCUGUACAAGCUGCACAUGCAUAUUGAUCAGCUAGGCUUUGUGUGGGUCAACCUCGACGGAUCUGAGAAGCCGAGCAUCAGCUGGGAAGAGCAAUUCAAGAACAUCGACACCCAAGAACGCAUUACCAAGGUCUACAACAUGGACGACUACGAGUUUGAUCACACUUGGUCUCUCGAUGGUUGCAACUUUAACUGGAAGACGUUGGUUGAGAACUACAAUGAGUGUUAUCAUUGCUCUACAGCGCACCCAGGAAUUUCCCCUUACAUCAAAAAGGAUACCAAGUUCGACGUUGAGCCCGUGCUGUGCUACAUCCGCCACCUGGGCGAAGACAUGGAGGCCGGAGAUAUUGUCGCCAGCCCGACAUACAUGUUCCCCAACGCCUCCGUCACCAUCUCCAAGCACUUCUUCUACAUGAUGUUCAUCAUCCCCACCUCUGCCACGACAUCUCGCAUGCGCUACGAGGUGUACCGCAACAAGAAUUCGCCCGCCGAAGCCGUCAAGGAAGCAGUCGACUUCUUCAAGCAGGUUGAGGACGAGGACAAGUACCUGGGAAACAAUGCCCAAAAGGGCCUCAACAGCGAUACCUACACCGCAGGCCCGCUGCACCCGUACAUGGAGAAGGCAGUCGAGUACUUUGAGACAGUCCUACGGUCGUCGCUGAAGAAGCACGUCGAGGAGGAGAAAAAGGCGGGACGCGAGAUUUGGCCUGCGAGGAGGACGGUGGCAAAUGCUCAGUCUAAUGAAGACGAGGCUUUUUGCCGUGGAGUAUGUGACUCGGCGGCAACUGCAGCCGGUCCCAGUGCUUUGGCUUGGUAG